CCCUCUCUGUCUGUCCGUUCGAAGAAGAAGAAGACGAAGAAGACGAAAAGGAAGAAAAAGACCGUUGACUAUCACCUACAGCCGCGGAUCCAUACGGGAUAGCCACAUCCUCCACGACACAAGAGACACUUCGACUUCACGACAGACGGUCAAUCGAUAUGCAGCCUCACUUGGGGCUUCGGGGGAAGAAGCUCGGCUUCUUCCUGUCCACGAUAUGCACCACUGGAUUUUUACUGUUCGGAUACGACCAGGGAGUCAUGUCCGGCCUGAUCACGGCGCCGGAGUUCAACAAGACGAUACCGGAAACUUAUGGCGACUCGACUAUGCAGGGCUUGGUCACGGCCAUCUACGAAGUCGGGUGUCUGGCUGGUGCGGUGCUCGUGCUGUUUAUCGGAGAGAAGAUUGGUCGCAAGAGAUCAAUCAUCACUGGCGCGGCUAUCAUGGUUCUCGGUGUUCUCAUUCAGGCGUUGACGUUUGAAGGGCAUGCUCCGCUGGCACAAUUCAUCAUCGGUAGAAUCGUUAUGGGAGUGGGCAACGGAAUGAACACGUCGAGUAUUCCGGCAUACCAGGCCGAGACGGCGCAGUCCAAGAACCGUGGAAUUCUGAUCUGUAUCCAAGGAGGAUCGAUCGCGUUCGGAACGCUGAUCUCCUACUGGCUGAACUACGGAGUCUCCUUCACUGGCACGGACAUGGUCUGGCGAUUCCCGAUCGCCUUCCAGCUGGUGUUUGCCGUCAUCAUCAUCGGCGGCAUGCUGGUGCUCCCCGAGUCUCCCCGAUGGCUCCUCGCUCGCGACCGCGACGCAGAAGGAACCGCCGUCAUCUCGGCGCUCCACGACCAGCCCAUCGACUCGCAGGUGGUCCUGCUCGAGAAGCGCAUCAUCAUGGACUCGCUCCUGGCCGCCGGACAGAUCGGCGUAAAGCCGAAGAUGUCCGACAUGCUGACCAACGGCAAGACGCAGCAUCUGCGCCGCGUCAUCCUCGGAGCGUCAUCGCAGAUCAUGCAGCAGAUUGGUGGCUGCAAUGCCGUUAUCUACUACUUCCCCAUCUUGAUGCAGCAGUCGCUCGGCCAGACCCGCCAGAUGUCGCUGAUUCUCGGCGGUGUCAACAUGAUCGUCUACAGUAUCUUUGCUACCUUCUCCUGGUUCGUCAUCGAGAAGAUGGGACGUCGUAAGCUCUUCCUCGCUGGUACCAUCGGACAGAUGGUCAGCAUGACCAUCACCUUCUCCUGCCUGAUCCCGGGCACUCCCGAAGCGGCCAAGGGCGCCGCCGUCGGACUAUUCCUGUACAUCGCAUCCUUCGGCGCCACCUGGCUACCACUCCCAUGGCUCUACCCCGCCGAGAUCAACCCGCUUCGCACGCGCGGCAAGGCGAACGCCGUGAGCACGAUCAACAACUGGCUGUUCAACUUCGCGGUGGUGAUGGUAACACCCAUCAUGAUCGACAAGAUCGGCUGGGGGACAUACCUCGUGUUCGCAAGCCUCAACGCCUCGUUCCUGCCGUUCAUCUACUUCUUCUACCCGGAGACGAAGAACCGCUCGCUCGAGGAGCUGGACAUCGUCUUUGCCAAGGGCUACACUGAGGGAAUCUCCUACGUCAAGGCAUCCAAGGAACUGCCAAUCCUCACGCAGGCACAGAUCGAGGAGUACGCGGUACAGUACGGUCUCGUCAGCGAUGCGGACGAUGUUGGCGAGAAGACCGGCCUCGGGUUCGGUACGCCGGAAGAGCGCGUCGAGAAUGUGAGGCAGUAGAUACUGGAUAGAGCGCGCGCGCGUGCGGUAUAGUGAUGGAUCAUGAUUUUUCUUUGUUUCUGGUGAGGACGGGGCGGGGCCUAGGGUGUGGGGUGUGCGCGGGUGAGGUUGUACAUAAUAGUAGACUACCUUGAGUAGACGAAGACGGGGACGAUGAAUCCUAUGAAAUAAAAAACUUGAGUGCUCC